GCGCAUGCGCUGUCUUACCGGUGGCAGCGUCUCAAAGACUGAACGACAAACACGCGCGUAAGUCCUGUUCCUUUAAACCGACUUACUUAACGAACAACUGUAUUCUCAUCGCCUUUACGGUUCUUAAAAACCACUUCUGCUUACCUCCCAAAGAGUCCAUCUUCACAAGGUUUGCCUUCAAGACUUGGAUCAAACGAAAAUCUACCAAAGCUAAGACAACAUCGUUAAAGCCUUUUAGAUAUUUCAAAAAGCCGACUUCAAACGCUAUCUUUAGACUUGCGCUGUUGUGAAAGGGUAUUGGAAGUGAACUCGCGGCAUGGUUCGAAACUGAAGGCAGUAAUUCCGAAUUGCGUCUUAUUUGACAAACUAUGUCAGCUCGGAGUAGACUAUUAUUUGUUUUUUUCGUGUUGCUUCUGUGCGAUAUUGCCACGAAAGCAGAAGACGGACUUCGUGAAGUGACAACUAUUGACGACAAUGGGCAAAGAUGGGUUCGAAUAAUCGACGAAAGAGCUGAAACAACAUCCUCAAGCCCUGUGAGCACUGCGGAAAGCUCACUAGGAGUUGACGACGAAGAUGGAGAUGGCGGGUUUAGUUCCGGCGAUGGGAAAAUGAAUGAGAGAAUGAAAAACAGCGAGUUUGACGUACAAAAUGAUGAACCGAUCAGGCGAAACGAUAGUGUUGCCACGCAGCCAACUCUCGCGUUAAAUACUAGCAAAGUAUCAUCAACUUCAACCCCAGCUGCUAAAGAAACUGCGUCUAAUAAUUUUAAGACAACAGUUGGUCCCACUACGGUGGCUAAAAAUGUGACUGAUGCGAGUACGAACGAGCUUAAUGCAACCGCCACCACAAGCUCGCUAGAAGUGUCUUCCGUCAAACCGCGUGAAAAUAAAACUACAACAAAACCUUUAACAACUGUGCAGGCUCAUGACACGACCCCAAGCACAUCACAAAGUAUUUCUACGACUUUAAGACCGCAAAUUAUCCCCAAAACAGAACCUGUUACUCUCAAAGUGUCAACGACUGUUUCAGUACUCAAAUCGAGCACACAAAGUACUCAGGGUGUGACAACCGAAACAAUAGUGAUACCAGAAAAAACUACGGAAAUCCCUACCACUAAACCUAUUUUGUCAAGCGCAACUUCUAAGCCGUCGACAAACGAAGUAGAUUGGUCGGGUAAACCAACAGAAUCGUCUAACAUUACGUCUGAAAAUGUUACCAGUAGCAAGUUCACGGUCAAACUUACUGUACCCCCAAAAUCAACACAACAAAGUGUUUUGCCGACAGAUGAAAAAGUUACAGGUGACGUUCAAGGGCAGAAAAGCCCGGCACCAAAAGAAAAACGAAAAGUUUUAUUCGGGUUUGUGACGCUAGAGAUUCUGAUAGCUCUUUUGGCGGGCGCUCUGUUCUCAGUAUUGCUCGUGGCUUUCUUGGUGUAUCGCUUGAAGAAGAGGAAUGAAGGGAGCUAUGAGUUAAGUGAGACGAUUGCCUUGAGGCCUAAGGAACUGGAUGAGAUGGGCAAAAAGAAGGAAGUGUUCGUAUAAUGAGAACAAACAGAGACUGCAUGUUGGCUUAUGCUCUUUGUGCGCAAGUCUACGUAAGAGGAAAGUGGGACUACAAAACCAAGAACGCUUGAGGUAUUGUUACGGCUUGGAGGUGUUAUAAUGAUGCAAGCAAAAACAACGACAACAAUUUCUAUGGAGAGAACGCUUUGUAAGGUAUUGUUACGGCUUGGGGGGUGUUACACAAUGAAUGCAAGAAAAAACAACGACAACAAUUUCAACCGAGAGAACGCUUUAUGAGGUAUUCUUACGGCUUGGGGGGUGUUACACAAUGGAUGCAGAAACAUUCACAGCAGUGGUUACAAAAGAUCUAUGUCAGCACAACAAUGACGGAAUACCAGGGUCAUCGCCUUGUCGCAUGGACAAAUUUGUCAUAUCCCUUGUAGAGCACUAGUAGAUACCGAAAGAUGUUGAAUACGAGAGUGACUAGUUUUUAAGUGAUUUUGGUUAUAUAUUGAGCAUGUUAAAGUUCCAACUAUUAUAUUGUACAGUUUUACAGAACAUCGGGCUGGUCUAAUCAUUCUAGCCCUUUAAAAAAAUGGGAUACAUUCCACUUCAAAAAAACUGCGAAGGAAUUUCAAUGAAUUAUGCAUUGGUUGGACGAGGCGUAAAAUUUAGGACUAGCCGCGACCAUCAAAGUUUGAGAAUCUUAUCACUAAAGAUCCAUUUCUUGUGGUUAUACGAUAUGGAUGUAUUCAUGGCGAGUGGAAUAUUGAGACAAAACAUUAUAUUCUGAAGCUGUCUCUGAAAGGGUGUUUUCAUUAAAAUGUAGAAAGCUCUCAAACAAACAUAAGGUUAUAAUGGCAAGGGGAUAAUAUUGACGCAAACAUAGCAAAGCCGACCAAUCAUAAUCAAUCUCAGAUGACAUGGUUUUAAAUCCCCAAUAGGUCAUUUGGAGUGCGUCGAGAGAGACACUUUUUGUUGAAUGACUCUGUUGAUAUAGUGAGAGAGAAAAAAUUGUUUUUGCAAACAGCGUAGAUUAUGCUGCAGAAAAUAUUUUAUCACGCUUCUGUGAUUAUGCGUGAAUUUGUUAACUGAGUAAAUGACUCAGUUUAAUGACAGCUGCUUUGUGAAGACAAGAAUUUAUGAACUUCAUUGUCUUUUCUAUUUUUAACGUGUGCCUACAAGUAUAUUUCGUUGUCAUUUCCGCUUUUGAACUUCCGCUGAAAAAAACUAAAAGGGAUUUGGAUCAAAAUGCUGCAUUUUACUAAUAUAUCUUUUUGAACAACGACACUCGGCAACGUACAUAAGGCUAAGGAAUAUGAAACCUAAUAACAGAUUAUCUUUCUUGGAUUUAUUUUUAUUGAAUUGUGGAUAAUUCAUUUUGUUACUAAAUAAACAGUCUUAGAACAAUGAUUUUAAAUUCAGAUUUUGUCAACGCAAACAGUCGAUCGACAUCCGCCCCAAACAUUAAAUAACAAAUAAAAUAAUAAAAGAGUAGAGAUUCAAA